CAGGCAGUGGUUGUCUCAGCAGCAACGAAACCCAGCGAGAAGAGGCGUGUUGUUCAGCUCAUUAAGCUUGCAGCUAAUAGCUAGCAUCAACACGCACACACACAACGCAAGAGCUAGAGAGAGAGAGAAUGGCUAGGCAAGGUGUAGCCUCCAUGUUCUUCGCUCUCGCAUUGCUCCUCGGUGCCUUUGUCUCCAUCCCUCAAAAGGCGGAGGCGAUCGGGGUGUGCUACGGCAUGAGCGCCAACAACCUGCCGCCGGCGAGCUCGGUGGUGGGGAUGUACCGGUCGAACGGCAUCACGUCGAUGCGGCUGUACGCGCCGGACCAGGCGGCGCUGCAGUCCGUCGGCGGCACGGGGAUCAGCGUCGUCGUCGGGGCGCCGAACGACGUGCUGUCCAACCUCGCCGCCAGCCCGGCCGCGGCGGCGUCGUGGGUGCGGAACAACAUCCAGGCCUACCCGUCGGUGUCGUUCCGGUACGUCGCCGUCGGGAACGAGGUGGCCGGCGGCGCGACGUCGAGCCUGGUCCCGGCGAUGGAGAACGUCCGCGGCGCGCUGGUCUCCGCGGGGCUGGGCCACAUCAAGGUGACCACGUCGGUGUCCCAGGCGCUGCUCGGCGUGUACAGCCCGCCCUCCGCCGCCGAGUUCACCGGCGAGUCCCAGGCGUUCAUGGGCCCCGUCCUCAGCUUCCUCGCCCGCACCGGCGCGCCGCUGCUCGCCAACAUCUACCCCUACUUCUCCUACACCUACAGCCAGGGCAGCGUCGACGUCAACUACGCCCUCUUCACCGCCCCCGGCACCGUCGUCCAGGACGGCGCCUACGGCUACCAGAACCUGUUCGACACCACCGUCGACGCCUUCUACACCGCCAUGGCCAAGCACGGCGGCUCCGGCGUCACCCUCGUCGUCUCCGAGACUGGCUGGCCCUCCGCCGGCGGCAUGUCCGCCUCCCCCGCCAACGCCCGCAUCUACAACCAGAACCUCAUCAACCACGUCUCCCGCGGCACGCCGCGCCACCCCGGCGCCAUCGAGACCUACGUCUUCUCCAUGUUCAACGAGAACCAGAAGGACGCCGGCGUCGAGCAGAACUGGGGCCUCUUCUACCCCAACAUGCAGCACGUCUACCCCAUCAGCUUCUGAUCCCGUAUACCGUACGUAGCUAGGCGCCACGUGUACGUAUAUUGCCGUACUGUACAGAGCUUGCGACCGCUGGGGGGUACGUAUACCAAGUGUACGUACGCACAUCUCUCAGAUGCGUGCGCGAUAGUAUUUUAUAUUGCUAUACGUAUAUAUAUACACCGUAUGAUUACGGUGUAGUAGAAGGGAAUUAAGCUACAGCUACAAAUACGUACGUACGCUGUGGUUAGGCUAAUUAGCCCCCAUUAAUUUUCCCUUCCUAGAGUAUUAUUAUUAUUGUUAUAUAUAGAGGUUGCCCUAUACAUGCAUGUACGUGUGUGUCGUACGUACUUAGGAGGUAUAUUUUGUACGUACGGUACGUACACAGAUUGUAACACUGUACAUUAUACGGCCGUACGUCGAGGUAUUUUGCCUCACGUACCGCCUUGAGAAAAAAAAAUAAUAAUAGUACUACAUUUUGUAACA